AUGUUGGACGGUCCUCGAGUUUCACCGACAUCUCGCAAUUCUACAACAAAGGUGAAGGUAAUAAUCGUGCCAGCAAGCAUCAUGUCUGGGGCGUUUGAUCGAACUGGAGAAUUUCGUGCGUGUACACAGUCAUUUCAUGAUCGUUUCCUUUCUGGUCGACUUCGCCUCAAUCCCCCUCACCCUAAAUACUCAAAUCCAACUGAAAAUAGUGUUGUUGCUGAUCUCUUGAUUAAAUCCAAGCAAAUGUCCAAAGAGCUUAAAAUGACUGUUUCUAAAAUAACCAAAUUGAAACUUCUGUUGCAAAAUGCAUCGAAUUCAUCUCCAGAAGUCCUUGGCAAAUUAAUUGAAGUUAUUCAGUAUGAUAUAAUGGAUUUAAAUAAGGCUAAAUUUGAACUAAAAGCUAAUUUAUCUGUAGUUAAAGAACGUUUGACCACCAGUAUGCAACAUCUAAAACACAUAGACCUCAUCGUUAUUGGUUUAGAGUAUCAUUUGUCAUUCCUUGUUUCCGAAUUUCGUAUUCUCUUGGAAGAACAUAAAAGUUUCCUUUCUGCAUCGUCUAAGAUGUCUAAUUCAAAUAUUCUUGUGAAUACUGAUUUGAAUUCACAAUUCACAAAAUCUGCUUCAUUCUCAGGACUGAUAUCGCCGGGGAAAAGCAAUGUAGCCAAUGCUUUUCAAAGUUUGUGCAAUAUAUCAUGUCAUCCUACAGAAAAUAAACAGUCGCAUCAAGCCAAUCAGUACCCUAACAAUUCGUUGACUUAUGCUCCUUCAUCAUCUGUGUCUAACUCCCGUCCAACAUCUAAUUUGUCAUCUGUCACACCUAUUACAGAAUUAAAUACUACUUCGGUGGACAAUAGGUCUGUCCUUUAUGAUCCGUCUCACGUUGAAAUGAAUGACCAUCCAGUGGAACAAGUCCAGUUAUUAGUAAAUAACUCCCACAUUUCACUUAUUGAUCAGGAAGUCCGCCAACGUGAUGCUGCAAUUCGACGAGUGGAAUCAACUAUCGUUCAACUUGGAGAGAUUUAUCAGCAAUUUUCUAGUUUAGUACAGGAGCAAAGUGAUUUAGUUUUACGGAUAGACAGUCAAACUGAUGAUAUGGAAAUGAAUAUAAGCGAGGCCCAUGUGCAGUUACUGGCGUUUAUGCGACGUAUUUCUGCUCAAAGGGCAUUUCUUAUUAAGGUUUUUAUGACUCUUAUAAUGUCUGAAUGUACAGACAAUUCCUGUGAUAAGGAUGUCGGUAAUGAAAAAAUCCAAUUGCCUUCUAAACGUCAUUAUCGUCAAAGAGCCCACUGUAACCCUUGGUCAGACCAUACACUUGAUUAUCCUUUGAAGCCAGACCUGAUGGAUUGGGAAAAAUUAUUUGGAGGCGGUCGAGAUGUUACGUCUUCUGGAAGUGAGGGCGUAGUAGACCCAGUUGUACGUUUUUUGGAUGUAGGUUGUGGUUACGGUGGGCUUCUCUUUAAUUUGUCCACCUCGUAUCCAUUUACUAGGAGUGUUGGAUUGGAAAUACGCUUGAAAGUCUGUGACUUUGUACGGGAGAAACUUAAUGCUUUACGUUUGAAAUGCCCUGGUCAGUACAAUAAUAUAACUUGUAUCCGUACAAAUGCCAUGAAGUUUCUACCCAAUUUCUUUCACAAAGCUCAAUUGCAUAAGAUAUUCUUCCUGUAUCCUGACCCGCAUUUCAAACGUGUUAAACAUAAGUGGCGUAUAAUCUCUCCAACUUUAUUAGAUGUUUAUGCCUAUCUCUUGAGUCCUGGAGGGAAGAUAUAUUCAGCUACUGAUGUACCUGACCUCGGCAAAUGGAUUGUAGAUUGUUUAUCUGCUCACCCUCUUUUCCGUCCAGUUUGUCAUGUUCACCUCUCUCCUAAAUGUAAAGACACAAAAAAUCCAAAUGAACUCUUAAAGCUGUCUUCUGAUCCAAAUAUAUUUGAAGACGGUCCUUAUUUUAUUAAAGAUACUGAUUCAUUUCAGAAACUCAAAGAAUCAGAUUCAGUCCUGAAAUUAUUAGAACAAGGUUGCACUGAAGAAGCUCAUAAAGCAUGCAGAGAAGGCCGUGAAACUGUUUUAAGUGUAUAUGAACGCAUUUCAUAUCCACUAUUGUAA